AUGAAGCUGGAACAACAGAUGAGAGCAAUAGCCAGGUCUAAGAUUGAAAUAAUUGUUUUCUCCAAAACAUACACUGAGUCUACUUGGUGUGUUCGUGAGCUUGAAAAAAUCAUUGAAUGCUACAAAACUUUUGGUCAAAUAGUUCUGCCCGUAUAUUACGAGAUUGACCCACACGAUAUAGCUCGCCAGAAGGGUGAUUUUGGAAAAGCGUUGAAAAAAGCUGCACAGAAAAUUUAUUCAGGAAAAGAACUGAAACAUGCCUUGUCCAGGUGGAGACUGGCACUCACCAGAGCUGCUGGAAUCACUGGUUGGGAUGCCAGAAAGUUUCGGCAUGAUGCUGAACUUGUGAAGGAUAUUGUUGACCGUAUUCAGAUAUUACUGGACUAUAAAUAUUUGCCUAUAGCUGAAUAUCCCGUUGGAUUAGAGUCCCACGUGGAGAAGGUGAUUGGAUGUAUUGAAAAUCAAUCCACCAAUGUCUGUAUCAUAGGCAUAUGGGGGAUGGGAGGAUCGGGUAAAACACUCUUAGCAAAAGCCAUCUAUAAUCGAAUUUAUCGUACAUUCAUUGAUAGAGGCUAUGUUACAGAGAUACUAAAUGGCUGUGGUCUACAUGCUGAUAUUGGAAUAACAGUUCUGAUAGAACGUAGUCUCUUAAAAGUUGAUAAGAACAACAAACUUCAAAUGCACCCUUUAUUGCGAGAUAUGGGAAGAGAAAUUAUUCGUGAAAGGUCUCCAGUGAAACUUGGGAACCGGAGUCGAUUAUGGUGUCGCGAUGAUGUAGAAGAUGGGACACAAGCUACGGAGGGACUGUCCCUGAAACUACCUUUAACCAUCAGAGAUUGCUUCGAAGCUCAUGCUUUCAAGACAAUGGAGAGAUUAAGACUGCUGCAACUGGAUCAUGUACAUGUUUCUGGAAGUUAUGAGUACUUUUCUAAACAACUCAGAUGGAUUUGUUGGCAAUGGUUUCCUUCUAAAUACAUACCAAACAACUUUAACAUGGAAAAUGUAAUUGCACUUGAUUUAAAACAUAGUCAUCUUCGAAUAGUUUGGAAACAAUCCCAGGUUUUGAGCUCGCUAAAAUUCCUUAAUCUUAGUCACUCCUACAACUUGACAGAAACGCCUGACUUUUCAGGACUUCCAAGUCUUGAAGAGCUCAUUCUCAAAGAUUGUCCAAGUUUGUGCAAGAUACACCAAUCCAUAGGAGAUCUCUGCAAUCUACUACUCAUAAAUUUGAAGGACUGUACAAGUUUAAGCAGUCUCCCGAGAGAGAUAUAUAAGUUGAAAUCUUUAAAAACUCUCGUCCUAUCAGGUUGUUCCAAUAUUGACAUUUUGGAAGAAGAUAUAGUGCAGAUGAAAUCCUUGAUAACACUAAUUACUGAAAAUAAAGCAGUGAAACAAGUGCCCCUUUCAAUUAUAAGUUCAAAAUGCAUUGGAUAUAUAUCCCUACGUGGAUUUGAAGGAUUGUUACAUAUUUUUCCUUCUAUCAUUCGGUCUUGGAAGACACCAAUAAGCAAUCCCCUAUCUUAUACCCAUCCGUUUGGCAUGGAUAUGGAGAAUAAUAAUUGGCGUUACCUUUCGCCAUUUUUUACCGGCCUUGCAAAUCUUCGAAGUGUUUUGGUUCAAUGUGACACGGAGUUUCAACUAUCUACGCAAGUGCAAACAAUUCGUGUCGAAUACGGUGUAAAUUAUACAGAAUUAAGAAUUUCAGAGCAUCACUUGAGGUUUUCUUUGAUUGGUGUUGGAGGUUACGACAAGUUCUUCAACACUCUCAGCAAUAGCAUAUCUGAGGAAAUGGCAAGGUGUGAGUCUUGUGAUAUUUGUCUUCCAGGUGACAACCAUCCUUAUUGGUUCGGCCAUGUGGGUGAGGGACAUUCAGUUUUUUUCACUCUGCCUCAGGACUGUCACGUCAAGGGAAUGGCUUUGUGUGUUGUUUAUUCAUCAACCCCUGACAUCAUAGCAACUGAAUGUCUUAAAAGUGUCUUAAUUGUUAACUACACAAAGUUCACAUUCCAGAUACACAAGCAUGGCACAAUAAUUUCUGAUAUAGAUUGGCAGGGCAUAAUAUCAAAUUUAGGAUCUGGGGGGGACAAGGUGGAGAUUUUUGUGGCUUUUGGUGACGGAUUAGUGGUCAAGAAAACAGCUGUCUAUCUGAUCUAUAGUGAACCAAAUGACUUUGAAUUGGAGCCUUGGCGUGAGCCAGAGGAAAAUGCCCUCUAUAAAUUCAUAAAGAAAAUUGUAUUGUGUGAAUGCUGGUAA